GCUUGCUCUAUGAGAUGCCACGAUCCCAAGUUGCUCCGGACGUAAUCAGCUAUACUGCGAGCAUUGGGGCCUGCGAGAAGGCAGCGAAAUGGCAGUUGGCAGCAUCCCUUUUUGAGGAAUUGCAUGCGAGACACCUGCAGCCGACUGUCAUCAGCUACAGUGCGAUAAUCAGUGCAUGUCAGAAGGCAGGCCAGUGGCAGUUGGCCUUGCACUUCUUCAGUGAAAUGCCUCGUGCAGAAGUUAGUCCCAAUGUCAUUAGCUACAAUGCCACUAUCACCGCCUCUGAGCGGGGUGGUCAAUGGCAGCUGGCUCUUUUCCUCUUCAACUCUAUGCCAACAGCUCGCAUCAGCCCAAGUAUCACCAGCUUUAACGCCACCCUUGCCGCCUGUGGGAAGGGGGAGGAGUGGCCUUUGGCCCUGCACCUUUUCAGUACAAUGGCAGCAGCCCGUGCCAGCCCAAAUAUCAUGAGCUACAAUGCUAUGCUGGAUUCCCUCGGCGACCAUCCCAUUGGACGGCGGGUUUUCCAGGAGGCCAUGGAUACAGGAGUCUAUGGCCGGCUCUGUGAGGAAAGCCCAUUGAUCUUGGAGUCUCGACUGCACGCGAAGGGCCGGGAUCAAAGGAUGUCCUGGGAGAACUGA